GGUUUUUUCUUAUAGCUCACGCUUUUGAUGACGUAUUUCACACGGGAAGUGAAAUUUUCGAGAGAAAAACAAUAACACGCACAUUCCGUAUAAUUUGUUUUAAUAAAUAACACCGUUUACUUACAAAGAUGGCAGAUGACGACAAUGAUAUGGAUAAUUUUGAUGAUGAUGUGGAUGAUGGAGACAUUGAUGAAACACUUGAUGAGCACAUCAACACUCAAGAUGAUGAGGGGCAGAUGGAAAUCAUGUCUGCGGAUGCUGCUCAGCCUACUGCUCCAGCAAAGCGUAUCACCACCCCCUACAUGACCAAGUAUGAAAGGGCGAGAGUACUUGGAACCAGAGCGUUGCAGAUUGCGAUGUGUGCACCAGUGAUGGUUGAACUAGAAGGAGAGACAGACCCUUUGAGAAUUGCCAUGAAAGAACUCAAGGCCAGAAAAAUCCCUAUCAUCAUAAGACGUUACCUGCCUGAUGGCAGUUUUGAGGACUGGGGAAUCGAGGAGCUCAUUAUUGCUGAGUCAUGAUGGAGAUACAUGUACAUUGAACUCUUAAUUUGUGUUUUUAUCAAAUGGACAGUGUAAAGCUCAGCAAUUACUGUAAAAUCCAGUUUCACAGUGAUUAUUAUUGCAUUACAAAGUUGUGUAGUCCAGCAGAAAGAUUGUUCAAUUGUUUGUCUGUUUUUAUACCCCCACAAAUGAAGUUUAGGGGGGUAUAUAGGAGUGAACUUGUCUGUCGGUCCGUAUUAAGUGUCCGCUCUCUAAUUCAAGUAGUUUUUAUCCAAUCUUCACCAAACUUGGUCAGAAGUUGUAUCUACAUGAUGUCUAGGCCAAGUUCGAACAUGGGCCUUGCCGGGUCAAAAACUUGGUCACAGGGUCAAUGAGUGCGUUUUAAACAUUCAGCAUGUUGUCCGCUCUCUAAUUCACGUAGUUUUCAUCCGAUCUUCACCAAACUUACUCAGAAGUUGUUUCUAGAUGAUCUUAAGGCCAAGUUCAAACAUGGGCCUUGCCGGGUCUAAAACUAGGUCACGGGGUCACUUAGUGCGUUUUUUAAUAUUCAGCAUGGUGUCCUCUCUCUUAUUCAAGUAGUUUUCAUCCGAUGUUCACCAAACUUGGUCAGAAGUUUUAUCAAGUAGUUUAAAUCAGAUCUUCACCACACAUGGUCAGAAGUUGUAACUAGAUGAUGUGUAGGUCAAGUUCGAAUAUGGGCCAUGCCUGGUCAAAAACUAGGUCAUGUGGUCACUUAGUGUGUUUUAAACCUCACCAUGUUGUCCGCUCUCUAAUUCAAGUAGUUUUUAUCCAAUCUUCACCAAAAUUGGUCUGUUGUAUCUUGAUAAUGUCUAGGGCAAGUUUGAAUAUGGGUCAUGCCGGGUCUUAAACAAGGUCACUGGGUCACUUAGUGCGUUUUAAACAUCACAAUGUUUUCCGCUCUCUAAUUCAAGUAGCUUUCAUCCAAUCUUCACCAAACUUGGUCAGAAGUUGUAUCUAGAUGAUGUCUAGGUCAAGUUUAAAUAUGGGUCAUGCGGGGUCAAAAACUAGGUUACGGGGUAUCUUAGUGCGUUUUAAACCUCACCAUGUUGUCCGUUUACUAAUUCAAGUAGUUUUCAUCCAAUCCUCACCAAACAUGGUCACAAGUUUUAUCUAAAUGAUCUCAAGGACAAGUUUGAACAUGGGCCAUUCCGGGCCUAAAACUUGGUCACGGGGUCACUUAGUGCGUUUUUUAACAUUCAGCAUGGUGUCCGCUCUCUAAUUCAAGUAAUUUACAUCGGAUCUUCACCAAACUUGGUCAGAAGUUUUAUGGAGAUGAUCUUAAGGCCAAGUUAGAACAUGGGCCUUUCUGGGUAAAAAACUAGGUCAAUGGGUUACUUAGUGCGUUUUAAAAAUUGAGCAUGGUGUCCGCUGUUUUUUGUGAAGACGACAUGCAAAAUAUUAUGUGUCAAUGCAGCAUGUGGGGGUAUACGUCAUGUCUGUGACAAAGCUCUAGUUAAUAUUGCAAAGUUCAUGAAAAUGUGUCUAGAAAGUUUGCACUCAAUUGUUAAGCAAUGUUUUAUCAUUUGAGUUUGGUUUUGAUAGCAGAUAUUUCUGACAUCUGACAUUAUCAGCUUUGUGUUACAAUACUGUUGAUACUAUAAAUACACUGUAAUGUGAGAUCCUAGUAUGUUUUCACUGUUGUUUACAAGAAUAUUUCUAUUCAUAAUGUUGACAUGUCAGUAAUAAGAAUUUCAUGAAACAUAAUAGAAUAGCAAGGGUCAGAGUGUUGUUGAUUCAGACAUAUAUGUAAUUUCAUGUUGGGAAGUUGUGUAAAAAAUGUGUCGAAGACAAAA